AUGGGCUACGGGCAACUCUCAGUUCUGCUCUUAAUUGUCUUUCUUUGUCAAAUUGCUUUUUCUUCAUCUCUGUGCCUCAAAGAUGAAAGCAUUUCCCUUCUAAAAUUCAAGAAUUUGCUUACUGUAGGUCUCCCAAAUGAUAUUUGCCUUUCCUCUUAUACAAAGACUACUUCAUGGAAUAUGAGCAGAGAUUGCUGCUUUUGGGAUGAAGUCAAAUGUAAUGAGAUGACCAACCAUGUUAUUGAGCUUGACCUCAGUUGCAACCAACUUAUUGGGGUGAUUGAUUCCAAUAGCAGCCUAUUCCAACUCUCUCAUCUCCAAAGGAUCCACCUUUUUGGGAAUAACUUCUCUGGUUCUGACAUCUCGCAUAAAUUUGGCAGGUUUUCAAUCUUGAUGUAUCUUGAUCUUUCCACCUCCUAUUUCUCAGGUCAAAUUCCUUCUGAAAUCUCUCGUCUUUCCAAGUUACAAUCUCUUCAUCUCGCAAGUGAUUUUGAGGGAUUGUAUGGGAUAAUACCUGAGAGUAUUUUUCACCUGUCCAACCUAGAAAUACUUGACUUAUCAAACAAUGAUCAGCUUAGUGGUUCUUUCCCAAAGACCAAAUGGAAUAGCAGUACAUCUCUCAUGAUGUUAGAUCUUAGUUAUGUGAAUUUUUAUGAUAAUUUUCCUGAUUCUUUUGGCUAUCUAAUUUUAAUGGGUUCUUUGACACUUCAAUAUUGCAAUAUUUGGGGGCCUAUACCAUCAUGGAUGUUCUCCCUUUCAUCAUUACGUUUAUUAAACUUGCGGAAUAAGCACUUUUCUGGUCAGCUUGAGGAUUUCAAUGCUCAUGUGGAUGUCAGCCUCUUUUCAGACCUCAAAAAUCUUACGGAUCUUGAUCUUUCAUAUAAUAGUAUUUCAUUGACUAAUGAGAAGGAAGUUGAAUUUAUUUUUCCUGAGUCUCUUGAGAUCUUAAGAUUGUCCGGUUGUGAAUCAAAUUUUCUUCAAGGGUCACUACCUAUUCCACCAAAUUCCACAACAAUCUUCUUCAUAUCAGAAAAUAAUCUUGGUGAGGAAAUUCCUUCAUUUAUCUGCAAUCUGAUGUCAUUGAAAAUACUAGAUUUGGCAAGAAAUAACUUGAAGGGAGUAAUUCCGCAAUGCUUAGAGCUUCGUAUCAUAGAUCUUUCUUACAAUGCCUUCAUGGGAAAGUUACCAACAAGUCUGUUUCAACGUUUGAAAGCGAUGAGGAUAAUUGAUCAACCAAUGAAGGCACCGAGUGAUGGAUAUUACCAAGAUUCUGUAACUAUUGUAACUAAGGGAUCUGAGCGUGAAAUUGUGAGAAUCUUGUAUUUGUACACCACUAUUGAUCCUUCAAAUAACAGAUUCGAAGGACGUAUUCCAAGUAAUAUGGGAGAUCUUAUUGCGCUCCGGCUUUCGAGAGAGAUACCACAACAACUUGCUUCUCUUACCUUUCUUGCAUUCUUAAAUCUCUCCCACAAUCAUCUUCAAGGAUGCAUUUCUCAAGGACUUCAAUUUUAUACUUUUGAGAGCAAUUCAUAUGAAAGUAAUGAUGGGUUACGUGGAUUUCCAAUCUCAGAAGGUUGUGGCCAUGAUCGUGUGUCAGAGACAAAUUAUACCUUACCCGCACUAGAUGAUGAAGAAAACAAUUCUGAAUUUCUCAAUGAUUUUUGGAAAGCUGCUCUUAUGGGCUAUGUAAAUGGACUAUGUAUUGGGUUAUCCAUAAUAUAUUUCAUGGUUUCAACUGGAAAUUCGAAAUGGCUUGCAAGAAUCAUUAAAGAAUUGGAGCACAGAAUUAUUAUGCGAAGGAGAAAGAAGCAACAACGUCAAAGGAAUUAUAGAAGACGAAAUAAUCACUUCUAG